GCUUCAACAUGUUAAAGACAAUGGAGACUAAAAAACUGAUUGGUAAAUCCCUUCAGCCAGCAAGACCUGCACGCCACCUGUCUUCACAGCAUGCCUCAACAAUUACUUUCAACUUCCAACCUGAAUUUCCAUGCAGCACUCAAGUAUGUUUACAUAGUGAAGUUAGCUGGUGGUAUGAGGGUACUGGAAUGCAGGUCUUAAAUCAAACUGUGAUCCCUAGUCAACCACAGUGCCGGAAGUCUGAAACCAAGAAAGAAAGAAUUAAAUACAGCAGAGAUUUCCUCUUAAAGCUUUCAAGUGUUUCACUCUCUCUAAAGAAGCCGGAAUUUCUUCCUGAUCAUCCUAUUGUCCUUGAAAAAUCAAUGGAUGAGGGGUGGAGCAUGCAAGUCACUGGAUGGACACCUCUUAGCAAACAAACUGGAUCAGGACUGCAGGAUCAGGAUGGAGGAAGCUUGCUGAGGCAUUGUCCCAGAAAGAAAACCCUGCCAUCAGAGAAUUUGUGACCAGUUGUAGUGGGAAGAUUCAACCAGGAAGAGGUGAAGAAUAUUCCCCGAUCCUACAGCGAAUGGAUACUGGGGACCCUGUGCUUGCAGAAUGGAAAAUAAAUACAGAUAAAAUAUAUAAAAUGUUAUUCCCCAGACACAAGUGUGAUUUUUCAUAUCUUUGCACAAAAGGGAGUGUGAAGUCUGAUCUUUGUUAUGAGGGAGCUGGGGACCUUGUGGCAGGAGUAGCUGGAAGGCUGGCAUCAUUAAUAAGGCACCUUAUUAAAUAUCCUUAGUAAGUUGUGGUGUGUUCUCUGCAGUUCUAGUGGUGAGGUGUAUGACUCUGGAUAGAGGAGAAGAUAGUAGGUACUGUUAGGUGCCUUAACUUUUGAUACUCUUAUGGUUUUGUGUUAGGAAUGUUAUGUAUAGACCAAACUUAACUAACAGAGGGUAGUUGAUUUUGCAUAUUAAUGUAUGCAAGCAUUGUGUGUUGCAUAUAGAAUCAUAGA